CACUUUUUAGCAUCCUUUGCUCGAACGUCUAAUUGAUUGAACAGUUUUUAUAUAUACUAUACGCGAAGAAGUAAGUCCGUUUAAAUUGUUUUUAGUGUUUUGUGAUUUUAGUGAAUCUUUAUCAGUAAGACUAUAAGAUUGUAACUCGGUUUGUCCAACUUCAUCUGUAAUUUGUACUGACAUAACCUUCAAUUUGAUGUGAGUUUACUGUUAUGAAGCAGUCCAAAUUAUGAAUCUAGAACUGCUUGAGUCGUUUGGCCAAAACUAUCCAGAGGAGUUUGAUGGAACGUUGGACUGCAUUUCUUUGGCAGUAACUUGUGCGUUUAAUAAAAGAGGAACGCUAUUGGCGGUUGGGUGCAACGAUGGCAGAAUCGUCAUCUGGGAUUUUCUUACACGUGGUAUCGCUAAGAUUAUCAGUGCUCACGUUCAUCCUGUCUGUUCGAUAAGUUGGUCCAGAAAUGGCCAUAAAUUACUGAGCGCUUCGACGGACAAUAAUGUAUGCAUAUGGGACAUUUUAUCGGGAGAAUGUGACCAAAAAUAUAGAUUUCCAUCGCCGAUAUUAAAGGUGCAAUUUCAUCCGAGGAAUCUCAAUAAAUUCUUGGUAUGCCCGAUGAGACAUGCAGCAGUUAUGGUCGAUGUCGAAGGGACUCACAGGGUAAUACCUCUGGACGAAGAUAGUGAUCUGAAUAUAGUGGCAUCGUUCGACAGACGUGGUGAUUAUGUUUUUACUGGCAAUGCUCGUGGUAGAAUUUUAGUUCUGGAUGCUGAAACAUUAACCGUGAAGGCUUCAUACAAAAUAUCACAGGGAACGGCCAGCAAUACCGCUGUCAAAAGUAUUGAAUUUGCGCGACGAGGGUCAUGCUUUCUAAUUAAUACAUCGGACAGAGUGAUCCGCGUUUAUGACAGCACUGAGAUAUUGACUUGUGGAAAAGACGGGGAACCAGAACCGAUUCAAAAAUUGCAAGAUCAGGUUAAUAAAUCCAUGUGGAAGAAAUGUUGCUUCUCGGGAGAUGGAGAAUAUGUUUGCGGAGGGUCUGCUAGACAACAUGCUUUAUAUGUUUGGGAAAAGAGUAUAGGAAAUCUGGUGAAAAUUCUGCACGGGACAAAAGGAGAACUUCUUCUCGAUGUAGUGUGGCAUCCAGUACGGCCAAUAAUCGCUUCGAUAUCUUCUGGCGUCGUUUCUAUUUGGGCACAAAAUCAAGUUGAAAAUUGGUCAGCUUUUGCGCCAGAUUUUAAAGAGUUGGACGAGAAUGUGGAAUAUGAGGAACGAGAGAGUGAAUUCGACUUAAGUGACGAGGACAAGUCCGUAGUUCAAGGAGAAGAAGCACAAGAUGAAGAGAUAGAAGUCGACGUUGCAUCCAUCGACAGAGUAGCAGCUUUCUGCAGUUCCGACGAAGAAACGGAAGAUAUCGGAUCGCUUCAGUUUUUACCGAUUUCCCCGGACGUAGAAGAAACCGAAGACAAUCAGGCAACAUCCCACGAACCCCCCGUAAAGAAACAUCGUUCACAUGACAUAAAUUUGCAAGGAGCGCCGAUCGAUGAAACACAUCCUCUUCUGAACAAAGGAAAAGAUAAACCCGCGGCAAAGAAAGGAAGGCCAAGAUUGGAGCACCGAAAGGGCAAAUGAAUAUUUACCCGAGAGCAAUUCCAUUUUAUUGUCCGGACCCUGAAGAUUAACAGUUUCUGUUUCGCAUGGUUUAAAACUGGGUAAGGAAUAAACAUUUCAUUUUAUUAGGUCGUGCGUAUUCUC